CUUGCUUUGCGAUUACCUUCAUUAUUUUAGCGUUGGAAAGGACAUAAGCAAUGUUGGAAUUGACACAAUCGAUUUAGGAAGGAAAAGUCGAAGAUAUUAUUCCAUGUUUCUUUUUUUAAAGAAAGGUAUUAAGAUUAAAAAACAUAGUUAAUUCCUGAAUGAUGCUGGCCUUUCUGUAAAUGCAGAGUUGUUGGAGUAGACGUAAGCGACGGCAAAGCGUCUGUGCUGCCUCUGGGCCUGUACAACCAAUUUGCUGUCAAACUUUUUGGUUCUUUGAGAUACCUUCUGAAAUUUUAGCAGUAAUUAUAAAAGGAAAACCUUCUUUUAAAAUAUUGAACCAGUCUGUCCACAUUAGUGGAAUUUAAUAACUGGAUUCAUGUCUGCGAAGCCCUCUUGUAAGUUAGGCCUUAAUAAAAGAAAAAUGGCGGAUAGUACAGUAACAAAAAAGGACGAAUGAUCGGUCCUGAUAAUUGAAAUAGGGUCAAAAAUCCUUCCUAGUUGUGCGAUGUUCAAGCAAAAUUAAGCAAGAAAUUAUUGAAUGCAGCGGGCUCGAGAAGUGUUCCCAUUGCAAACGCGAUUUUCUUCAGGAAGGAGCAGGGUUCCUGAUCAUUUUCGAAGACUGCGAAAGUGGCAGAUCUGGAUGAACAUUACUGUCAUUAACUGAGUACAAAAUAAUCAGUUCAUGAUUUGGUUCCUGUACUAUUAGUCAUUCCAUAUCGCUGGGUGAAUUUAGCUUGUGAAGUUCUGUUAACGUAUUUUAAAAAGCGAGAAGAAGCAGGCGGUAGUUCCUUGCAGUCCACCUGUUUAAAUACGUGUAAUGGGGAAUUUAAGAGAGGAAGGCUUUUUGUUUGACUCAAUGGAUAUGAUCCAGGAUCCUUCGUCAGAAUCUGAGAACUUGAAUCCUAUCAUUGUAAGAAUGGGUUCUUCUGGAGGGGAGCCAAGAAUGCUUCUUAAUGCCUUAAAACCAAUGCUUGGCAUUGAUGGUGACAUUAAAACACCACAAGAAGUUUUGAGAGUGGUUGGUUUGAUGAAGGAUGCUGAAAAGAUGAUGAGCAGAUGCAUUUACUUGAACAUCUUGAGAGCAACUUGUGAUCAGUCUAAAGGCAAUUUAGUUAACAGAGACACACUAGAGAGGUUUCUAACUUCAGGUGGCUGGGGGAUUUUGAAUAAAUGGUUGAAUGAGUAUGCUAAGAGCGAAAAUGUGCAUUUGCUUCUUGAGAUAAUUGAGGUUUUGAAAUGCCUUCCUGUGACAAUCAAUACCCUGAAGCAAGGUAACACUGGCAAAGUGGUGAAACAGUUGACAAAGUCCACAGAUCCUGAUCUGCGGAAAGGUGCAAUGUAUCUUAUAAAAGAAUGGAAAGGGAUGAUAAGAGGAGGAAACAAUAACGAUAAAGGAUCCAAAAGCAACUCUAAAGAUGCAGAAAAAACAGGAGAUGAGUGCCCUGUUGGAACUAUUAAAAGACAGAGACAAGGAAGUACGGAGGAGAAAAUCCAACCGCCACCAGAGAAAAAGCCGAAGCAGACAGAUGAAAAACAGCGGAAGAACUCCUUGGAUUCAAAGCCAGCUGUGGCUAUGGAAAGCUUUGGCCUUAUGAAUGCCAUGGUGGCUGUGGCAUCUAAACCAAUCAAAAAGAAGAAAAAGCCCCUUACGUCAAAGACUACAUUGCCACUGGAUGAAAUACUGAAUAAUAAAAGCGUGAAUGGAGACAAGAAUUCUGAUAAACCGUACGCAUCGCCAUUGAGAGGAGAUCAGGAGAGAGAGAAAGGUGAAAACAAGACUGAAGAAGACACUGUUGAUCAAACAGCUAAAAAUGAAGACGAGGAUAGCCAAGACAACGAAAAGGGAGAACAGGAUAAAGAUCGCUCCGGGCCGCCGUCCAAAAAGGCUAAGAAGACAAAGAGGUCGAUCACAUGGGCAAAUGAAGAAAACCUUAUCAAAGUUUGUUACUUUGAACUGGACGAGGAAGAACUAGCGUCAAUGCACCAUACAAUGAACUUUUCGAUGGCAAAACACAACGAACUCGUUCGUGAGAGAGAGGCCUUGGAAAACGCUCGAAGACUCGGUGAAGACAGAAUGGUUGAAAAAGCGAUGUGGAAGAAGCCUUGUUUAGUUGAAAUGAGUCCUUUGUCUGUCGAAGCUGGUGAAAAAAGUCGUGAAAAAUACAUUCAGAAAGAAAGAGAGCAAAAGGUUCUUGCUGAUAUAUUUUUAACAAAAGCAAGCCUGCCAGAUAGUCCGGCUGAACCUGACAGCGAAACGGAGGAGCAUGGUCCUUCUGAGCCGAAAUUGAUUCCUCACGACGAGGAAGGAACUCUCUAUCCGAAGCCCUCUGUUCCAGUGCAGCAGGCAGCGUCGACAUCACUUCAGACAAAUAGCACACAAUCUAAAAGUGAUGCAACCGCAAAAGCAAAUGAUAAGCCAGGUCAAGGCAACAGCCUGCUAGGCGACCCCACUGCAGAGAUGCUUGCUAAAGUUAAAGAUCCAGAUGUAUCGCCCUCCGUACACAACAUUAUGAAACAUAUAAUGGUGCCUAAACCCGGGUCACCACAGGACUUCCCGCGUCUUGGUGGACCAGAAUUCAUGGGGCGUGGAGCGAGACCUAUGGGCCCUGAUGUGCCUGGCCCAGGCUUUCCGCCAGGAGUACCGCGUUUCCCUAUUCGCGGGGGAGUCCCUAGACCUCCGAUGAACGUAUUUCAAGGAAGACCAAGAGGAAAUUUCAGGGGCAGGCCAAUGAUGCAUCGCGGUGGACCCCUCAGACCGCGUUUUCAUGGCCCUCCGAUGGUUGGAAUGCAUGGCGAGGAUCACUUUGAUAUGGGCAAUGAAGAGGAACAUUUUAGAGGAAGGGGGCGAGGAAGGGGUGGUCCCCACAUGCGAGGCCGAGGGAAGCCUCCUUUGUGCCGUCAUUUCAUGACACCCACAGGCUGCAGGAACGGACAGGCUUGUAAAUUCGUGCACCCCAUGAUGAAUGGUCCUCCGCCGAGAUAAAAGUGCCAAUUGAGAUUGAGAUUGGUUAAUUUAUGAUCGAAUACUUAAGAAGAUAAGCAAAAUCGCGUACAACGUAAUUUUCUAUAUGGAGCCCUCAGCCAAAGGAACCACAACUCUGUUGGUUGCAAUGUAGCUAAUGAACCUGUGUGUAUUACAAGAUCGUUUUUGUGUAUUAAUGUAUAGAUUUAAUAGUA